AUGAGAACAACAUGGAGAGAGGCUGACGACGUAUGGGUGUGUGGUCCAUAUAACGAUCCCGGGGGGCAGGGGGAUGUUCCACCCACAGGCAGUCAACAACAUGGUACAAUGGCCAAUAUCAAUCCCAGGAGGGACAAUUUUCAACUUCCCAAACAAAAUUCUGGCCCUCCUGUGCUCUACACCGGCACCCCGGGGAUCUAUACUGCUGUCCCAAGUCAGGAGUGGAUCAGGUUCGACCUCGCGUAUGUAGACCACGUACAUCACAAGAUCCCGGGGGACGGGACUUGGAAGGGGAGACGGCGGAAGGCUACUGUCAUGUUUUAUUUAAUAGGGGUCCUCCUAAUCUUCUUCUCCGUGGCAGUAAUCGUCACAUUCAUCGCUUUCUUCAGUGAAAGAAAUAACGAAAAGAUGAAAAACAGAUUUGAUUCGCAAGUGAUGGAGUUCUCCAUAGCAACGACUUGGGAUUCUCAGCCAGUGGACCAUACUCCUGUCAAGAUCACCUUAAGUCGACAUGUCGGCGGAAAUGACGUCAACAUACACGUCGAUGCUCCCUUCUUUAAUGAUCCUCCUAAUCCUGGCGGGACGGCCGGCCAGCCGUUUCCGAAAUUAUACAACUACGAAGUGGUUGAGGCGUUUUUUCUGAACGACCAAGAUGACUAUUUGGAGGUUGAACUUAGUCCACACGGACAGCAUCUGGUGCUGAUGCUGCGUGGAGAAAGAAAUGCUGUUAAACAACAACUUCCAAUUUCGUACACGGCCAGACAACAUGGCAACACAUGGCAAGGAAACGCUGUAGUUCCGGGUCGAUAUUUCCCUCGUGACGUCACAAAAUUCAACGCCUACGCCAUACACGGGACAGAUCCUAACAGAGUAUACGAAUCCCUGUAUCCAGUUCCGGCGGGGAAAUAUCAAGCACCUGACUUUCACAAACUGACCUAUUUUCGGACGAUAGAUUUCCAAAGUAUCUUACCAAGCAACCAUGGCGAUGGUUAUGAUUCGGCUGAGUGGAGUUCUAUACCUGCCCAUCACCACGAGGGAUAA